AUGGAGUACGAUUCUGUUUCAAAAAUAUAAGAAGAAUUAGGAUAUUAUAAAAAAUAUUGUUAAUAAUUAGAGAAUUAAAAUGCUGCUUUAAAUUAAUAACUAUUCAAUAACAUUUAAGGAAAAGUUUUAACAGUUCAAGAUGGGAAUACGAAUAAUUAAAAAUUGUCAGAAAAUAAUCCAAAUAUUCAUAAAGAAUGUGAAUAAAGAUUAAAAUUAAUGGAAAGAUAAUUAAAGCAAAAGUUAAUGGAGGAAUAAUUAUGGCUUAAAAGAUUUGAAACUUAAUUAAAUCAAAUCGUUGAGUUAAAAGUAUGAGAAAAUAUUAAUAAAAAGGCAAUUCAUGCAUAAUAUAUUCAAGAGAGUGAACAAGAAGAUCUGAAAAAAACAAAAGAAAUAGAAAUAUUGAAAGAGGAAAUAGAACAUUAUAAAAAACAAAUAGAAAUUUAUAAAGAAGAAACAAAUUCAUAAAUUUAUUUAGAAGAAAUAAAAGAAAUGAGAAAAUAAUUAGAAGCCUCAGAAAUUAAAUUGGAAUGUUUAACUAAAGAAUUAUAAAACAAAGAUUAGUAAUUAUGUACAUUAUUUUAUCUAAAUUUAGAUCAUAAAUAGGGAAAUGUUAAAUAAUCUUUAUUAUAAUUUAAGUAAAAAUUCGAUAUAGAAUUAAAAAAUGAGAAUUUAAGUACUGAACCAGAUAUUUCAAGUAAUAGUUUUUCAAAUAUCAUGCUCAGAGAUAUAUGA